AUGCCUGAAUUAAAAAACAUAUACCCGGUUUUUGCUAUUAGAAAAUCAGAUGGCUAUUUGCUAGGAGGCGUGGCUGUAGUGGUAACGGAUAUCAUAUUUGGACCGUUUUACGUGAUGCGCCCUGAAGCUCGCGCACUUGGGGUAGGAAUGAAAAUGAUGGGCCCUUUGAUAAAAGCAAUGGCUGAGCCAAUAAAAACCAGAACUUUGCUUGGAAGAGCCGUUAAAUCAAUGCUUAAAAAGUACAGUGCUGCACCAUUCUAUGCAGUUUAUCGGCAUGAGAUGUAUGCUUUUACUCUUCCCAAAGAAGAACUCUUAAACAUGUUUCCUUGCUCGACAAACCCACUAGUCGCAAAAUCGUUCAAGGAAAUGAGCCCAGAUCAGUUCGAAAAAGUCUGUGAUUACGAUCGGCUGGUAAGCGGAAGAGAUCGUCGCGAAUUCUUGAAAGCCUACCACUCCCUCUUUUUUACUAAAGGUAUUGCUCUGCUCGAUGCUACUGGUGAAGUUAAAGGAAUUGCCGGAGCAACUCCUACGCUACACAGCCCUAAACUCAUUAAGAUUGGACCAGUUUUUACUUCUACUCGGGAAGACGCCUCUUACCUCAUCAAAUCCAUAGUGAAUACAUAUCAAGAGCCAGAUAUAAAAUUUGUGCUACAC